AGCAACGCCACUGACAACAACACACGUACUUGAAUCAUUUGUAGGGAUUUUAGGGUUGUGUUUUUUAGUGCAAUAAUUGACGUUUAUAAUCCUUAUCAAAAAGCCAAGGAUAUGUGUAGUCCGAUUGCAGAUGUGCACUGUUUUUAUAACUUCGGCAUAAUUUAUUUUUAAUGCCAGCGAUAAUAUGGUUACACAUUCGCUAUCGUAUUUUAUUAUUUUAUUGACGCUGCAAGAGGUGUUUGUUAAAACACACUUAACUCUUCAUGACAACAGUCAUGGAUUCGUUUCACACAACCACGAAAGGUUUUUCGUUGAUGACAUUUCAGCAUUUCAUCAGGAAGUAUCAUCCUCCGUAAGGAGCCCCUCACUCAAUGAUCUCGGCAUGAAACUUUUGCUAAAGUUUGAUCCGGAAUUUUUAGAUUUCGAACAAAGGCCACUGGGAAUACCUCAUCUGGCCAAAGUUACACUUUUCAACAUCGAUAGUAACAGAAGUAUCGAUAUGACUUCGAUCUCUGGAAGCACUGUUCAUUUUCACAGCUCGUUUUUCGAGGACAAGAGAAUUCCUCCGUUGGGAAACACGUCCUUUAACGUCGUGUUCUUGGGGCGCGAGGAGGGUGCCAUUGAAAGUAGUUUAUUUAUUCACACUACUGAUGGGCAUUUUAAAUAUCAGGUGAAAGGAGCAAGUGUCUCGAGCCCGUACAGGCUUAGACCGAUUGUUGGUAUAAAAUUACCAUUAAACACUACAUUUUCACCUCUUAUCCAUAUGUAUAAUCCGUAUACAGAGCCGAUACAGAUUGUAGAAAUAUACAGUAGCGGCGGUGAUUUUCAUUUGGAGCUUCCAAGUGGUGAAUUGGAAGGGCCGAAAAACAUGUGGGAAAUACCGCCUCUUCAGUCCAAAGCUGUAAUAAGGGUGCGGUUCCAUGCUCGAACCGAACAAAAUCAUACGGCAUACGUAAGGAUUAAAUUAAACAACACCGAAGAUAUUUUAGUGGUUCCAUUAGAAGUGGAAGUUACCUCAAGUGCAGGUUUGUACGUACCGCAAGGGUCCGUCGAUUUCGGUGUCGGUGGAUCCCUCGAUCUACCAAAGCUGUUAAAUUUAUACGUGCACAACCCGUUGAAGAAGGCGGUUAGAAUUCACAGCAUAUCAUCAACAUCGAAGGCCAUAAAAAUUGACUAUGAGAAUGUGAAAGUUCCGUCAGAUUUACGCAGUUCAAAGGGAACUCCAACUUCAACUAAAAUUGCAACACUUACACUCGAUUGGAAAACCGCACACGAGAACAAAGAUUUCUCAGGGAAAAUAGUAAUUAGAUACAAAAAUGGAAAAAGUAAAACAGAAAUUCCAUACUACAUAACUGUCUUAGAAGGCGGUCUGUUAUUUAACUCGUCCAUUACAACAUAUUUUAUAAACGAAUCACCUAAGCAAAUGAUAUCAAGAGAUGUUACAGUAAAAAACGAUUUCUUAAUACCACUUGCGCUAACAAAUGUUUCUUUGCUAUCGGACGCCCGUAAAUACUUUAAUAUACUUAAUUUUAAACCAGUGAUUUUGCAACCUCAAGAGGAGCUGACUAUAUUUACUCUUAAUUUAAAAAUUGACACGUCCUUGUCAAACUUAAAACUUAACUCUUGUAUUGUAUUGACGACAAAUAUCUCCACAGUCGAACUUCCCCUAUUGAGCUACAAUGGGAAGCUACAGUUGACUUUCCCUUACAUCAGUAACGAUAAUUCUCUGGAUUUAGGGCUAGUGAGCUUGGACACGGAGAAGUUUACUAGAUUUCUGUUACUGAAUACCAACCCUGUACCUGUUACUUUCAAUAAAAUUGCUUCGUCAUUACCCGCUAGCGCUAUCGAAGUAAUUGCUUGCGGCAAGGGAAAUCAUUCGGACGCGCUUUUGUUGAACCUGUCUAAAAAUGCCACACGAUGCACAAAUUUGGGCUCAAACGAAUAUGCGAUUGUGCAACUAAUGAUUCAUUCCCCACACGCCGAAGGACAGGUUUGGGGUGACAUAGUCGUUGAGACGCAGUAUGAGAAACUUUCAAUACCUAUACAUUAUAAGGUGGCACAAGGAAAAUUAGAAAUUGGACCUGAUCGAUUGGUGUUCGAUCAGUGCUUUCCGGUAAGUAUUGGUGGUAGGUUUACAAGUAAAUGUGUACUUUCAAAUGCAUACAGAUGAAUUACAUCAAUAAGUUUCCAAAAAUUCGCACAUGAAAAGAUAUAUUGAAAGAUGUGUAAAAUACUGCCUCUACUCCCCUAAAUAGUUUUUCAUUCUUCCGCUUUGAUAUUUUAUCAUUUAACUAGGAUGUACAUUAGCAUACUCAUUAUUCAUGUCUAUAAUUAGCUUAUAUCAAGUUGGAGAUGUUCACGGUUUAUUAUGAUUGGGUCCCACUUGGCUGUUUUGAUCUAUCUUACAUAGCAAUGUGAUAACCACCCAAUUAUAAAUGAAUAAAAUAGCUCAAUUCGUUUUUUCUACGUAUCUCUAGUAUACAGGGUGUCCCAUUAAAAAAAAUGGAGUUUGGUUUGACAACUUUUUUACCUGACUACGGACUCCGAGACGUACUUAUUUUGAAAACUGCAGAUUAUUCAACAAUUGUUAUAAAGAGACAUUUUUCCGUAUUUCUUUUAACUAAACAUAUAGGGUCAUUCUGAAAUUGACAAUUUUUUGAGCUUCCCCCAUAUUUCUUAAGCGAGCGAAGAUUUUCAAAUUUUUUGUUUACCAUUUUAAGUUUGCCCUAAAAGAACACACUAUGACGCCUUUUGAUGGUACUGACAGUUACAGAGAUAGCCUAUAAAUGUUGAGAAUGGGACACCUGAUACACAUCCUUAAAUUGUUUAGUGGGCGGACAUAACGGAGCGCCGACCAUCGCUCCAACC